CAGCAGCAGCAGCGCCAGAGCCGUCACCAGCAGGAUGAUCUGUGCCUCCAAUCAGUUUUGCGGGAGCCUGGCGAGCCCACUGCUGUGCAAAGAGGUGGACGGACGCUGGUACGUGACGGGCGUGGGCAGCUGGGGUCUGUGCAGCUCGCCGGCUGUGUUCACCAGGCUCUCCAAGAUCCUGGAGUUCGUCAAGCAGACGGCCGUCUGAGACGACACAACUAACUGCGCGGGUUGUAACGCAGAGGUCGCAACCGGGUACCCGAUACCCGUACCCUACCCGAUACCCGGCUACCCGUACCCGGCCGGGUACCCGUUUGUGACCCUGGUGCGGCCGGGUACGGGUAGGCCGUGAGUUACUGGGUGAGUCACCAUUUGUCACUCAUUUCCCAACGUCUUGUCUCUUCUCACAAUUCAAGUUCCUAGAAUCAACCCACCCGCACCUGCAACAUGGCUUCAUCCCAGAGGUCGCAAUCAGGUACCUGAUACCCGUACCCUACCCGUACCCGGCCGGGUACGGGUAGGGUACGGGUACGGCCGGGUACAGCUACGGCCGGGUACGGGUACGGCCGGGUACGGGUACGGGUAAGGAAUCAAAACCCGUUCGCGACCUCUGUUGUAACGGUUGUCGUUGUCGUCUUUGUCUUCUUUCUUAUGUAUCCGGUAUGGGCUUAAUGGAAUGAAUUACACGGAGAUUUAUACCAAUGGAGUUAAUGGUGACCGUGGAUUGGACCCCCCAUCGACCCACGUGACUGCACAGUAGGCCACGUCCACGAAUGGACUAAUCAAUUCAGGGUACAGGGCACCCAUUCAGAUUUGGAUGGACGCUGUACAGCAGGCAUGUCCAAAGUCCGGCCUGCGGGCCAAUCACGGCCCGCGGUCAGAUUUCAUACGGCCUGCAGCUUCGGUCUUAUAACGUGUUAUUUAUGGUUCACCAGCUCUGUCAGAAUAAAAAAAAUCAUAAAACUUUAAGAUGUAAUUCCUCCUUUCACCACACGGUGGCAGCACCAUUCGAAUGCUCUCUGGCUCAGCAUCCGUGCGGCGAACCCUUCUCGAAUCAUUUCUGCCAUGGCGACUGCACAAAAAAAGAGAAAAGUUGACAGUGAGGGCCGCCGCUUUCAGGAGCGGUGGGAAUUACAAUACUUGUUCACUGUAAAUCGAGGAAAUUGUGUUUGUCUAAUUUGUAAAGAGACGGUUGCCUUGUUUAAGGAUUUCAAUGUAAAGAGACACUACGAGACUAAACAUGCUACAACAUACGACAAGCUGACAGGGAGUGACCGCGUUGAAAAAGUUAACAACUCCAAGCUGCUCUGGCAUCGCAACAGCGAUUCUUCACGCGGGCCUGUGAGUCAAAGGAAAACUUCACCAAAGUCAGCUACGAAGUGGCCAUGUUAAUAGCUAAACAUGGCAAACCUUUUACUGAAGGUGCAUUUAUCAAAGACCGUGUCAUGAAAAUGGUGGAGAACAUUUGCCCCGAGAAGAAGCAAGAAUUUAUGAAUGUUUGCCUGGCACGCAACACUGUGGCACGGAGAGUUGAGGACAUGUCGUCAGAUAUUCAGAGACAACUUGGGGACAGGGGAGUGGCUUUUGAUUAUUUCUCAUUAGCCUGCGAUGAAAGCACCGAUGCAUCUGAGACUGCACAACUACUUAUUUUUUAAAGAGGAGUUGAUGACAACAUGAACGUGACAGAGGAGCUGCUUGACCUCAAAAGCCUUAAAGGGCAAACCAGAGGAACAGAUCCGUUCAUUUAUAUUUGUGAAGCUGUUGAUGAUAUGAAACUACCAUGGAGUCAAGUUUCUGGGAUCAUUACCGAUGGUGUGCCUGCCGUGGCUGGUGAGCAAAGUGGAUCGUCCACACUGAUCUGCAAUAAAGUCAGCGAAGAAGCAGGUAACGCUAUUACACUUCACUGUAUCAUUCACCAGCAGGCUCUCUGCGCCAAACAUCUCAAAUUUGACGAUGUUAUGAAACCAGUGGCAAAGGCAAUCAAUUCUAUUCGCUCUAAAGCUCUAUACCACCGACAGUUUCAGCAGUUCUUGCGUGACAUCCAGGCUGAAUACGGUGACGUAGUAUAUCACAACGAUGUAAGGUGGCUAAGUCGGGGGUCCGCACUGCAGCGAUUUUUCUCUCUCAAAGAGGAAAUUGGACAUUUUUUGGAUGAGAAGGGACAACCAAUGGAAGAACUGUUCGAUCCUGUAUGGCUGGCAAAUCUGGCUUUUUUGGUUGACAUGACGAAGCAUCUGAAUGCGCUGAAUGUUAAUCUUCAAGGAAAAGUUGCGGUGGUGAGCCAGCUUUACGCUCACAUCAAGGCCUUUGGAACCAAACUGCAACUUUUCCAAAGACACUUGUCCCAAACAGAGCCCUGCACCGCGCACUUCCCAGCUUUGAAAGAGGUCAUUGACAGGUUCCCACAGGACAACAUCGGUGCGCAAAUGAAGAGUUAUGCAACAGCUAUCCCAUCUCUUUCUGUGGAAUUUAACAAACGCUUUCGGGACUUUGCAGUUAUUGAAAAGGACAUGUUGCUUUUCUCUUCUCCCUUCUCCGUGGACCAUGAUUGUGCUCCUCCACAGCUGCAGUUGGAGCUCAUUGAGCUGCAGUGUGACGAUGAGUGCCACGGAAAACACCAGCAGUGUUCUCUUGUUGACUUUUACCGGCAGCUGGACAAAAGCAGGUUUCCAGGAAUGCGGUCAUUCGCUGAGAAAAUGCUGAGCUUAUUCGGCUCCACAUAUUUGUGUGAGCAAAUAUUCUCAGUCGUGAAUUUAAACAAGAACCGAUUGAGGUCAAGGAAGAGUGACUCCCAUUUGCGUGACAUUUUACACAUCUCAAGCACUGCCCUCAAGCCAGACCUGAUCUCUUUACUGAAAUCUAGAUCUCAGUAUCACCCUUCUCAUUAGUGUCAGCAAGUUAUCUGUUCCUUGAUCAAUCUGAAAUUGAGUGUUUUGAACGGUAACAUCUGUCACUAUUAACAGUGAAAAGCCUAAAGCACACUAAUGCACUUGGACUUAUGGCACUUGUUUUAUUAAACUCUUGAAUAAGAUUUGGUUAUAACUGUCGAUGUUAUGUACCUGUAGAUGUGACAUAAACUAUUGCUUUCUGAAAGAUCUUGUUAAAGACAAGGGCAACAUUCACUUGUUUUAAAAUUUAAUGAUAACAGACCACUUUGCAUUACUUAUAAAUCCUGUUUAAAAUGUUCAUGAGGCAAAUAUAUUUAACUCAUGCAGAUUUAAGGUAUUCUAUACAGUUUGUUCAAUGUUAUGUGACUGAACGAAAGGCAGAAUUGUGUUUCUAGAGUUGUUCGCGUCUGCCUG